CAGAGGUUUAUAUUGCCCUCCCUCCUAUUUAAGUUAGAGUAGUAUCUCUGCAGUGAGUUAAUGCACGCCACUUUUUAUUCAGCCAUGUUAGUUUUGUUUGUUCUCUGCCAGAUUAACAGUCUUGGAGCUGUUCAGUAUCUCAAGGAUAGUUAUUGGGAUGUACGAAAUGCCUUUAAACAGUUUGAAUCAGAAUUUGGUCGAUCGUACGAGGGCAGAGAGGCCAGAGAGAGAUUAAAGAAUUUCAGAAAAAACUACCUCGAAGUAAUGGAACAUAAUAAACUAAGAGACCCUGAUUAUUAUUUAGAAAUAAAUACAUUCAGCGAUUUGAACGAGGACGAGAAAAAUAGUUACCUCGGUUUGGCAAACUUCACAGAGAUAGUAUCGGAGCUGACAGAAGAAGAUCAUGCAGUUAUCAAGAAGAGAUCAACAGAACCCUUAGAGGUAGAUCACAGAGCAGAUGGUCUUGUAACGCCAGUAAAGAAUCAGCUAAAUUGUGGCUCGUGUUGGGCAUUUUCUGGGAUUGGAGCAAUAGAGGGUGCGUAUAAACAAACAACUGGAUACCUUAAAUCCUUCUCAGAGCAGGAACUAGUUGAUUGUUACUACAAGGAUACGAGCACAAGAAACGCCUGUAGUGGCGGUACCCAACGUAAUGGUUUUAUCUACGCCAAGUACAAGAAACGACUGGCCACGUACAACGACUACAGAUACACUGGCGUCGAUGGGACUUGUGAUAAGGAGAACCUCCCCGAGAACGCUAUUAAAAACGCCAGAGUUACCGGGUACAAAUGGAUACUGACCAACAGUGACAGUGAAGUGCAGACAGCUGCCUCUAGCCGGAUUCUCUCCGUGGCAGUGCACGCUUCUUCCAUGUUCGCUUAUCGGAGCGGUAUCUUUACAGGGUGCCCUGACAGUACCAAGAGUGCUGUGGUGAAUCACGCUAUGAUUAUCACUGGAUAUACUCCUAAGGCAUGGAUUCUCAAGAAUAGUUGGGGAGUUAGCUGGGGAGAGAACGGUUACAUAAGAAUAGGACGAGACUAUUCACUGAGUGACUGUAGAGUGACUAAAUGGGUCGUGUACCCUAUAAUGAAGUACCAAGACAUGGGCCAGGACGACAAGGACGAUAUCCACGCAGAACAAGAUGACGAGGACGUUGCAGUAACGGGAAUUGCUGAACAGCGGACAACUUUCGACUCUUUAGGAGCAGCCUCUAAUGCUAUUGAUGGGGUAUUAAACGGAAACUACAGUAGUGGAACAUGUAGCAAAUCUCAAGAAGACUACAUCAACUGGUGGACGGUCAAGUUUAACGUAACCCACACCGUGCAAACAGUUAAAAUACACCUGCAACGGGACGACGAUGCGAGUCUGGGAGAUAUUGACGGCGCGACGCUCCACGUGGGCAACAGGGGUGACUACCUGGAUCCAGUAUGUGGCAACGGAAUAGACUCCUCCAUGCACGUGGACCACGUGAUAACACUGGACUGUAAGAACCUAGUGGGACGUUAUCUCACGGUGGAUUGGUACUUUGCAAAUCAUCCUGAUAGAGAGAGGCGCUCGUUGACGCUCUGCGAAGUGGAAAUCUUCGCUCACGAUAACGAUAGUGGGUGUCCCGGAGGUAAUGUCAGAUGUACAGAUGGACUAUGUAAGCCUCCGAGCUUCUGUUAGAUUAGUUAGUUUGAUUGAUCAAAAAACUGUAUUUAAUUAAUUUUAAUUUAGUCUGUUUAUUUGACUAGGAUAGUUUUAGAUGUAUAAUUAGUUCAGAAUUUUGAGUUUAUUGUAGGAUUUCAUGAAAAAGUAGGUGCUGCGCACUUUUUCAGACAG